AUGGCCGAGGCUGCGGCAGCCCCGACCUCUGAAUGGGACUCUGAGUGCCUGGCGUCCCUGCAGCCCCUUCCACUCCCCACGCCCCCAGCCGCCAAUGAUGCCCAUCUGCAGACAGCAGCCAUCUCCCUGUGGACGGUGGUGGCAGCUGUGCAGGCCAUAGAAAGGAAGGUGGAGGUUCACAGUCGGCGACUCCUGCACCUGGAGGGGCGCACAGGGACAGCAGAGAAGAAGCUGGCUAGCUGUGAGAAGACGGUGACCGAGCUCGGAAACCAGCUGGAGGGCAAGUGGGCCGUACUGGGGACAUUGCUGCAGGAGUACGGGCUGCUGCAGCGGAGGCUGGAGAACAUGGAGAACCUGCUGAGGAAUAGAAACUUCUGGAUCCUGCGGCUGCCCCCGGGCCUUAAAGGAGAGGUCCCCAAGGUGCCUGUGACAUUUGAUGACGUCUCCAUCUACUUUUCCACUUCAGAGUGGGAAAAAUUAGAAGAAUGGCAAAAGGAACUGUACAAGAAUAUCAUGAAGGGCAACUACGGGUCUCUCGUCUCCAUGGAUUAUGCCAUGAGCCAGCCUGAUGUCUUGUCUCAGAUUCAACCAGAAGGAGGCCAGGGGGCGCCAGGAGAAAGUGAGCUUCCCACAGAUCCCAGUGAAGAACCUGGUAUUUCGACAUCAGACAUUCUGUCUUGGAUCAAACAAGAAGAUGAGCCUCCUACUGGGGUUCCGCAGGAGACCAAGGAGACCGACCUGUACCCAGGUCCCUAUGUCGAUGAGGAGCUGGUGGUCAAAGCGGAAAACCUUGCUGGUGCGCCCCUGUGCUCAGAGAUUCCCGUCCCCUUCUCUCCAGCAGCCACGGCCAAGGAGACUUUCCCAGAUGUGACUUUCAAAGGCCAGCAGCCUACACCCACAGCACCGUUCGCACGUCCUCUAGUUGAGGGACCUGUAACUUUCACCCAGCUGGGGAGCUGCCCACUGCCGCCACCCACUGGGGAGCAGUCAUUCACCAGCCGCCCAUGUAACAAGAGCCUCAGCAGGGACACGCUGCUGACCCAUGAGUGUGACCACGCUGAGGAGUGCCCCCUGCCCUGCGCCCCUCGCUCCAAGCACUUUCCACAGCCAGCUGGUCUCGGUGUCUCCCAGGAGCCUGCCCGUGAGCCCCCCCCUACCUGCCCACACUGUGCCCGGACUUUCACUCACCCGUCUCGGCUCACCUACCACCUCCGGGUGCACAGCAGUGCCGAGCGCCCCUUCCUCUGCCCCGACUGCCCCAAGCGCUUUGCCGACCAGGCCCGGCUCACCAGCCACCGGCGAGGCCAUACGAGUGAGCGGCCCUUCCGCUGUCCCCAGUGCGGCCGGAGCUUCAGUCUGAAGAUCAGUCUCCUGCUGCACCAGCGAGGUCACGCGCAAGAGCGGCCCUUCUCCUGCCCCCAGUGUGGCAUCGACUUCAAUGGCCACUCGGCCUUGAUCCGCCAUCAGAUGAUCCACACCGGCGAACGGCCGUACCCCUGCACCGACUGCAGCAAGAGCUUCAUGCGUAAGGAGCACCUGCUGAACCACCAGCGGCUGCACACGGGCGAGCGGCCCUUCCAGUGCGCGCACUGCGGCAAAAGCUUCAUGCGUAAGCACCACCUCAUGAAGCACCAGCGCAUCCACACGGGCGAGCGGCCCUACCCGUGCACACACUGCGGUCGGAGCUUCCGCUACAAACAGACCCUCAAGGACCACUUGAGGUCGGGUCAUGGUGGCUGUGCAGGGGAUGGUGACCCAUCUGCACAACCGCCUGGGCCCCUCAUAACGGAGCUCGAGACUUCUGGCUUAAAUGUUAGCACUGCAGGUCUAGAGGCCAGCCAUUGGUACGGGGACGGGAGUGGAGGGGGCGGGUUGUGA